AUGGUGGAGGUCAGACUUGUCUUCAUUGGGCUGCAAGAGGUUCCCGAUAAAAAUGGAGGUACUGUUCUUCACACAGUAGCUAAUCAUGGAUCACUUGAUUUCAUGAAGUGCUUGAUCAACUCUCAUCAUUGUGAUCCAAAGGCUACUGACAAUGAGGGUGAGACUGUUCUUCACUGUGCUGCUAGACACAUUGAUGUUGUAAUGUAUCUCAUUAAUGAGUGCCACUGUGAUCCAAUGGCUACUGACUUUAACAAAAGAACUAUUCUUCAUGAAGCAGCAAUUUGGAAUUCACCUGAUGUAAUCAAAUAUCUAAUCAAUGAGUAUAACUGUGAUCCAAUGGCUGUUGACAGGUGGGAGCGGACACCUCUUCACCUUGCUGCGGCUAUUUUUCGUGGUAAUCCUGCAGCUGUUGAAUAUUUAUUAUCAACAGGUAAAUGUGAUCCAUUGAUUAAAGAUAUUGACGGGGACACACCAUUUAAACUAGCUAAGUAG